GACUUCAGGACUUACGUAGUUUCCGGCGGUGACUGCGACGCAUGGCGGCCCUAGGGCAUCCUGCUCGGGAGACAUCAGUGGCCGCAGGCCCAGGUACCGCCCGCGCGCUUGGCAGCCCGCGGCUGCUUGGAUCGCUUCCCGGCGCCCCUGGUCCUUCCGCCGUAAGGUCCCAUCCAGUUCGUCUCUGCUUAGGGCACUCCGCGUGUAGUGACGCCGCCGCCCGGGCGCACCCCGAACGCGGUGAAGGCUGCGCAGCCUCAAAGAAGCAAAAGAAGAAGAAAACCCGGAAGGGAGCCUCUGUGGCGAAUGGAGUCGGGAAGGUCUCAGAAAAGUCCGGCUCAGAGGAAGCGCCCCUAAGCGCGGAGGCUCAGGCAGAGCAGCUGGCCCGGGAACUGGCGUGGUGCGUGGAGAAGCUGGAGCUGGGGCUCAAGAUGCAGAGACCCAGUCCGAAACAGAAAGAGCAGGCUCUUGGGGCAAUCAGAAUCCUGCGUAGCGAAAGAACGCCCCUGCCCCGGAAGAGGCAGCUGAUGCGCUCCUUGUUUGGGGACUACAGGGCUCAGAUGGAAGCCGAGCGGCAAGAGGCCCUUCGGGUUCUCAGGACUGCAGCCCGCACAGCCCAGGUGCAGCCUGUAACUGAGGCCACCAGAAGGAAGAGCGGGAGGGUCUGCAGGACUCGCCAAGCAGGGGUAGCCAAGGCCACCCUGGACACUCCUGAUGAAGAGUUCAGGUUCAAUUUCUUUUAGCCUGUCCUCCAUCCUGGAACAUUUCCCCUCCCCAGGUAGUGUGGGGGUUUCUGUUGGGUGCAGAUCAGAGUCUUUCUGAGGAUGUACUGUUGGACAGAUGUGGGGUUGUUUUGUCUACGGUCAGUGGAUCUGGUGCCAGGACUGUCGGACACAUGUGAGACCAGCAUAUUGGGCAUCUGUCAGAUAAGUACAAGACCCAUUUGUAGGUUUUCAAAUGAAAUGUGCUUCCUGCCAGAAGAAGGAGCUCCAUUUAGAAAAGAUUCUACAAUUGGGGUGCCUGGGUCACUCAGUUGGUUAAGUGCCCAACUUCGGCUCAGGUCAUGAUCUCACGGUUCCUGGGUU